CUCUUCCUCCCUUUCUCUCUCACACUCUGCCUCUCUGCCUCUCUCUCUCUCACUCCCUCUCUCACACUCCCUCUCUCCCGCAGCCUCACGAUGGCGGAACAGGUUGUGAACCCGCGAGUGUUUCUGGACAUCGCUAUGGAUGGGGUGAAGGUGGGAAGGAUCGUCAUUGAGCUGAGGAAGGAUGUGGUCCCAAAGACUGCAGAAAACUUCCGUGCCCUGUGCACUGGAGAGAAGGGCUUCGGUUACAAAGGAUCCGUGUUCCACCGAGUAAUCCCUAAAUUUAUGUGCCAGGGAGGAGACUUCACCAGGGGCGAUGGCACUGGAGGCAAGUCUAUCUAUGGGACCAAGUUUGGAGAUGAGAACUUCAAGCUUACGCAUGAUGGGCCAGGUACCAUGUCCAUGGCCAACGCUGGCAGAAACACAAACGGCUCACAGUUCUUCAUCUGUACCGAGAAGACCACCUGGUUGGAUGGGAAACACGUUGUUUUCGGGAAAGUUGUUGAGGGCUACAGUGUGGUGGAGAAGAUGGAGAAGAAGAGUGCGAACGGCACCACAAGCAGCGAAAUUAAAAUCAUCGACAGUGGGGAAUUAUAAUAAGACGUAAAGUGUUUCCGCGGGGAGUUGAGCUGUAAACCCUCACCUGCUUCCCCCCCCCCCCACACCCCCCACACCCCCCCCCUCACCGGUGAGAAUUAUCGUUUGAGCUGAAGAUAUUGAGAAAACGUUGAAUAAAAAUAACAAUU